GGUGUUCAGGGUUAUGCUGCGGAGAGAUUUACACAAGGCAGUUCUAGCUCUGCGGAACAUGUCGUCUGAGGCGGGACUAGCAUCAUAUAACUAUGAGACGCUGAAAGUAACAACACCAAGGGACCACGUCUUCCAUGUAGAACUAAACCGUCCGGAGAAAAGAAAUGCCAUGAACAGAGCUUUCUGGAGGGAGAUGGCCCUCUGCUUUCGUGCUCUAUCAGAUGAUAUUAACUGCAGAGCAGUUGUUAUUUCCGGUGCUGGUAAAAUGUUCACGUCAGGUAUCGACCUUACGGACCUCACAGGUGUGUUUUUACAAGAGGAGGAAGAUGACCCUGCAAGAAUUGCUUGGAACAUUCGAAAGAAGAUUAAAGAUUAUCAGGAGUCUUUUAGUGUUAUUGAGAAGUGUACAAAGCCGGUGAUUGCUGCAAUCCACAAUGCGUGCAUUGGAGGAGGCGUGGAUCUCAUCACUGCUUGUGACAUCCGUUACUGCUCGCAGGAUGCCUGGUAUCAAGUUAAGGAGGUGGACGUGGGUCUAGCAGCUGAUGUGGGAACCCUCCAACGUUUGCCAAAAGUCAUUGGGAACAGAAGCUUGGUCAAUGAGCUGGCUUUCACCGCUAGGAAAAUGUUGUCAGAUGAAGCCUUGAGCAGCGGCUUAGUCAGCCGUGUGUUCCCCGAUAAGUCUUCCCUCCUACUUGCUUCUCUUGACCUGGCUUCUGAGAUUGCCAGCAGAAGCCCUGUGGCUGUUCAAGGAACCAAAAUCAACCUCAUAUAUUCCCGAGAUCACUCAGUGCAGGAGAGUCUGGAUUACAUGGCUAACUGGAACAUGAGCAUGCUGCAGACCCAGGACAUCAUGAAAUCUGCACAGUCUGUUUUAGAAAAGAAGAGCCCGAAAGACAUUCGUUUUUCUAAACUGUAAUAGUAGCCCCUCAGCAUCAGACAGGACAGUUAACACUUAAACUGACUGAGACUGUAAUAAUUGUCUCUGAUAGACCAUAUCAUUAGAACUACAGGUAGACAUGAUAAUGAUAA